AUGUCUCUGCCUUCGCUCCCCCUCGAGAUUUUCGGCCAAAUCCUCGAUAAACUAAUUACCACUCGCGAGGGCUUCUACGCCUCGGCCGAUCUGCGUCUUGUUAACCGAACUUUUGAUCUGGAGAUCCGCCGCGCGUACGGGCGUACUUCUUAUGGCAAAUGGCCUCAAUGGUUCUCUCUGGAUCCAAAGAAAGGCAGUAAAUGCGCAUUCUUCGCCAAGUACCUGCUGCUUCGACCGCAUGUGCGCGAAGGAGCUGAAUACGCGCAAGUCUCGACUCUGCUGAACGAUCUCAUCGAUCAGCUGCAGGACAAAGACAGCAAUGAGACCGCAGAAACUCCAGACGACGACACAAUUCGCUACCGACUUCUCAUGACCCUCAGUGCGAAGGUCAAACCCGCUCUUCUGCGCAAUGCCCGCACCAGCACUCGGCCCAACCCCAAGACCACCCCCAAAAUCACCCCCAUCGACCUCCUGCUGGCCGCCAUCUACACCGACCAGAUGCCCGUCCUCAACCGCCUGCUCCCCCAGAUCGACUUCCACGAAACCACCGCCAUCUUCGACCCCGGCGCCGCCAACCCCAUCGAACUCCCUCUGCUCGCCGCCGUCGAAACGCACAACUCCGCGGCCCUACACGCCCUCCUCGCACACAACGCCCCCUUCCAAUCCCCCGACCAAGUCCCCCGACGCGCCCUCCGCCCCAACCCUCUCCUCGUCGCCGCCCAACGCAACGACAUCCCCACGCUGACCACCCUCCUCAGCCCCCCUUCCACCCUCUCCAAAUCCGACCUCACCUACCAAUACGCCCUCGUGCACUCCAUCUCCCCGGACCCCUCCUCCUUCCCCACCACCUCCCUCCUCCUCUCGCACUACGACGGCGUCCUCUCCUCCUCGCCCUACCUCCUCUGCGACGGCCUCCGCGCCGCCUGUCGCGCCGGCCACAUCCACAUCAUCACCCUCCUCCUCGACGCCGGCGCAGACCUCAACUCCGUCAUGAACUACCUCGAAUCCCACGCCAUGGCCGCCCCCAUCGCCCAAGCCGCCUGGACCGGCCAGCUCCCCACCCUGCACUUCCUGCUGUCCCGGGGGGCAAGUCUGGCCCCGAGCACGAGCGCCGUGAACGUCGCGCGCACGCAACAUCCCGGCGCGGAUGCCCUGCGCGCUGCUACCUGGGGGAAUCAUUGGGCUGCGGCCCGGGUUCUUCUGGACGCGGGGGUAGCGAAGUAUCUAGGCAAAAGCGACUGGUGCUCGGUGUUCAAGAUCGCAGCGCUGAAUGUGGACUGCGCGGGCGUGGCGGUGCAGUUGUUGGAGUGUGGGGUGAUCGGGCUGGAUGGGUUCGCGGAGGAGAAGGUCGAGGCGGAGGAUGCGGUGGCGGAGCUGGUGGCGAUUAUCUGUCAGAGGGGGAAUGCGAAGUUGAUGAGGGCGUUGGUGCGGCAUGGGCUGCCGCUGGGGAGGCAUGCGAUGUAUGAGAGGGGGUUGUAUGAGGUGCCGGUGGUGCAGGCGUUGGCGUGGGAGAGGACGGAGGUGGUGAGGGUGUUGGAGGAGGUCGGGGAGACGGUGGAUGAGGAGGUGAGGGAGUUGGCGAGGGCGUAUAGGGAGAAGGAGGCGGCGAGGAGUUGGACGCGGGUUGGGCCGGCGGUUUGUGGGAUGCCGCAUUAUACGGUGUUGAGGUAGUUGAUUGGGAUCGAGGGGCUCUUUAGAAGGUUCAAAGAUAGAUUGAGU